AUGGCUCUGGAAGCCUUGUCUCUGGUGGACAAGGAAUUUCAGGUCCUGGGAGAGGGAGUUUCUGGAGACCCUCAAGGUGCAGGGAUGCCACAAAAUGGAGCUGCCAAAGGUGGCGCGUCACGACAAGGAGGAACCUUCCCGAAGAAGUCGCGACGCAGCGCCGCCAAGGAGUAUCAGAUUGCGGCGCGGAAACGCCGCGAGGAUACGGCAAGGCAGAACGCGAUCAACCCGCCGAAACCUGAAGAUCAAUGGGUCUGCGAGUUCUGCGAAUACGAGAGGAUCUUUGGCUAUCCACCAGUCGCUUUGAUCCGUCAGUAUGAGAUGAAAGAUCGCAAGCUCCGCCAACAGGAAGAGGAACGCAAGCGCGUAUGGGAGAAGGCCAAGGCAAGAAGCCGUAAAGGGAAGAAGGGUGCCAAGCUGCCUGCUAAGAGCAACACUGCCGCGCCGGUUCACCCUGGCGAUGGGCACCAUGCCCCUUCAAUGAACAACAACCACAGUCAAGAAACCCAGAGCGAAGAAUACUACGACGACGAGUAUGAGGAUGACGAGGACUACGAUGUCGACGACGAGAUUCCUGCCUUGGUUCCACCUCCAGUCCAAGGAGGAUCGCAAUCGGCCGCGGCCGGUCGUCCAGGAGGCGGGACAGAGGGCAAUCCAGCAGGCUCAUAG